GCUCGGGGUCGAGGAGAGUAUGAUGGAGGAGCGGCUAAAGCAGAUGCAAGAAAGCCUCUUCGGGCGCCGGAGCGGUGGUCAGGGUGAAGAUGCCCGGAUCUCGGGAAAGAAGUUUGGUCAUGGAGGGAUUUUCUGUUGGUUCAGGUCUUUCGGUUGGGCACAAGGGGUGCUCUGGCGGCUGUAG